CAAAAAAUCACUGUCAUUUUAAAUUUAAUUUUCUCUAUUACAAGAGAAAGAUCAAUAGAUAGUAGCAAUAUCCUAGGUUACAGUGUUAGAUUUCCGUCAUUAAUCACAUACCUAUGAUUUCCCCAGCGAAAAGGGCAAAAAAUCCCAUCUUUGAGAAUCCACGGAUUUGAAAUCCAAGAAUUAUCAAGAAUUCAUCAAAUGGGGCAAAAUCCGGGUGGUGGUUCGAAAGGGUUUGUGCAUGGAUUACAUUUUGCAAAAGAUCCCGCUUUUACUACACCAUUUAUUACAUCAUCAUCAGCAUUAGCUAAAAAAUGGCUGCUCUUGCUAAUGUUGAUGCUGUGUUGAGAGAGAUUGAAGAUGAGUUGAUUGUUGCCGGGACGAAUCUUCUCAAGCUUCGCUUCUCUUCGUCCUGCGAUGAAGUUAUCGCCCACCUUCUGAGGGCAGAGGCAAUUCUAAAGAGGGUAGAUCAAGUUAAAGACUCUCCAAUACCGACGAAGAAAGCCCUCAUUCCAAUAAUGACAGCCCUCAUCAGAGACAAACUUCUGAAGCAUCGAGACGAAAAUAUACAAGUUAUAGUUGCUUCUUGCCUUAACCAGGCUACUAGAAUAACCGCUCCACAACAACCCUACAUGGAUGAUCAGAUGAGGGAUAUUUUCCGACUGUUCAUGGUCGUGCUAAGGGGGCAUUUAUCACGUUUGACCGGUGACAACUAUGAUAGAGCUGUGAAAAUUCUUCAUUUUAUGGGACUUGGGAGAACGGUCUUGAUAAUGAUGGACUUGAAUAUUGAUCAAAUGAUUGUCGACAUGUUCCAAUUUUUCUUCGACACAAUUAGCCCAAACUACCCUCCUGUUAUCUUCCAAUACAUGAAAGAUGUCAUGACUUUGGUUAUAGAAGAGAGUGACGAGGUUUCUCUCGAACUUCUGACGCCUCUAUUAGACAGUGUCAGAACGGAUAACAAGAAUGUUUCACCUGUUUCGUGGGAGUUGGGAAAAGUUGUUUUUGAAAAAUGUUCGACGAAACUACAACCGUAUCUAAAAGAAGCUGUGAAGAAAAUGAACCUGGAAGUUAACGACUAUGCUGAAAUAGUCUUUUCUUUAUGCACCAACGAGAACAUGGUUUGUCUUCUUACAUGAUUUUUUUUUCCUUCUUUGUUUAAAUAUUUUCUCUUGUGCCCGUCAUUAUAUUUAUAGUGGUCACAGAUCAAUUGCUGAAUGACCUGCCAUGAAAUUUCAAUUGCGUGUAUAGGAUCUUGUAUUCUAUGAAAAUCGUAGAUGCUUAAUUAUUAUUUGGCCA